AUGCCGGAGCCGUUGCCUCUAAAUGCAGAUAACGCGGUCCAAACGAACCCUUCAAUGAAACAUUACAAGCAUUUACGUGGAUACAGCGGGUCCUGUCUGCAUAACCGGUUGAACAUGGACCAAGCCCUGAAACGUGCUUUUAUUCGAUUGACCCAGAAGAAGCCCCCUCGAAGGAUUUCUCAUUCCCCAUACCAGCCAACAAAAGGUAGCAUCAAAGUGGACUCCAGCCCCGUCAAGGCCUGCACCAAGUUUUCACAAAUGGCCUGUUUUACUUCAUUUCCGCCUAGUCUGAUAACAGCAGAUAUGGCAGUUGACCCUAACAUCGUAGCCAUCUUUGGUCCACCACCCAAAGGUCUGGAUCUCGAGAAGAAUGUCAUCACCACUUACAAUGUUGUUGUCUGUGUUGUUCUCGGUAUUGCUGUCACAGUUGUCGCUUUGCGAUUUUAUGUGAGGAACAUGAAGUCGGCAAACAUCGAGAUGGACGAUUGGGCUGUAUUGGUCAGUCUGCUUUGUGCUUCAGCAACUGUCGCGAUGACAAUAUUGGCGGGUGAACAUGGCUCUGGAGCUCAUGUCUGGUCAAUAAAGCUCACCACUCUCGUGGACGUCUUCAAGAUCGUCUACGCCGAACCCUUCGUAUACGCCCUCGCCGUCACAUCCGUCAAGAUCAGCAUUCUCCUCCUCUACCGUCGCCUCUUCCCCCUCGGCAUCGACAAAAAUCGACUCUACACAAUAAUGUUCUGGAUAGCGGCCUUCAUGACAACCGUCUACCCAUUUAUCCUCUGGAUCACCAUGCCUUUUGCCUGUCGACCCGUCAGUCAUUUCUGGAACCAGUACCUUGGCGCUAAGGGCAAAUGCAUCGAAGUGAAGCUGUUCUUCCUUGUUCUUGGAAUCAUGAACAUGAUGAACGAUAUCAUCAUUUUGACUGUUCCGAUACCCAGGAUUUGGACACUACAUAUGAACAAUAAGACCAAGAUUUCUAUCAUUUGCAUCAUGCUUCUUGGCAGCUUCGUCUGUGUCGCCAGUAUCGCGCGUAUUUACUACCUCUGGGGCUUCUUCCAAAACCUCGAUGCAACAUGGUGGAUGGGCCCGUCUUUCGCCUGGUCCAGCCUCGAGCCCUCCGUCGCAGUCAUAUCAGCUUGUCUUCCCACGCUAGCACCAUUGUUCCGCAUCAAGCGCAUCAAUUCCACUUCACGCGGCACACCAUCAGGACCGACCGACCUAUCCAAAUCUGGUUCAAAACACUUCCAACUCUUUAGUGUAAACAGAACCAAAGGCAAUGCUUUCGGUAGUGAUGAUGAUGAGGUCGAGUUGACAUACGAUGUUGGAAGAGGAGGGACCGGUGAUGGGUCGAUCUGGAAAAACCAAGGGGGCUCGGCUGCUGAGCAAGGAAUUGUUGUCCAGACGCAGGUUUCGGUUACACAUCAGGACAGGAAGGGCCGUACCAGCACUGACUAGACUGGUGUUUACAAGAUAGACAAGCGAAAAAGGAAAGAAAAAGGCUGUUGGAAGUCGAUGCUUGAAGUUAGCCCAACAAUGUCAAUGAAGCAAUUCAGCACUUACGAACAUGACUGUAUCCUCUGCUGUAUUCUCAGCCGGGAGCCGGUUUUGUAUGACUCGCAUAACUCUACUGUAUUCCCAAUAAGGCAUUGGCACUGAGUCAAGGGACCACUAGGACCACUAUCCUCUGAACAACAUACCCUGUACUGUCCGAUUUCAUCGACUUUAAGGGGAUUAAUAUGAUGGCUCGGAACAGUCCUGCC